CAUGCAAAACACCUUGGCGUGGCACUGGCAAGUGAGGGCCUUCGGGCUGGUUCCAUUCCACGGAACUCACUCUGUCGACGGCCAACGGCGCAGCAGAGGUUGCGGACGCCAAAGGCAUCAGCUGGGACAUAAUUUUACAAAUCUUGAGAGAGAGUAGGACUACUGAGAGCUGCACGUCUCGGUUGUCGCACGGGCCUAGUUUAAACGAGCAGCUUAAAGGUCGCUAGUCAUCACCGGAGCGAAAAAUUAGGUACAUAGGGCUUGCAUCGUUACAUCAGUGCCAUUGAUUAGACUUGAAACGAACGCGCUUCCUUGGCGAGGUCAGCUUCUGGCUCAGGGAUGGCGGGAGGCAACAGCUUUUUGCAGCUCUUUGCCGUGGCCGCCCUUUGUCUUGGCAUAACAGUGGAUGGCGGACUUAGCGCUGUGACCGUAGAUUCAUACCCUCGCCAAGGCGCAGCGCUGACACACAGCUCCAAAUCCAGUGUCGCCCCGAAGCGACGGUUGCAGGACGGCGGCUGUGCCUUCGGCGGCCUUCGCGGCGUCCUGGCCAGCUCUGGCCCCUUCGGCGGUCUACGUAGCUGCACCUACUGUGUGUUCGACGCGGGCGCCUGCGCGGUGGCGUGCAACAGCUGCGCGGGCAUCAAUACCAACUCCAGCAGCGUGCAGCUCAGCCUGCUGGGAUGCCAGGCCGGCCCGCUCACCAUUGUGGUGGACGCAUCUGGGCAGCUCGCGUGCCAGGAACCAGCACCUGCCAUGCCCUUCCCACCCAGCGCGCCCAGCCCGCCUGGGCCGGAGGGCGGGCUUACUGGCAGCGUCAUCGUGUGGCACUCACACGAGGAAAACGGUACCAGCCCUCUGAGCAUCACCUAUACGGCUGUGUUUGACACGGGCAACAACAGCACCCUUACUUCGCAGUUCAGCCUGGGCGCGCUGCAGCAGGGCGCAGACGUGGUUACAGGCGACAUGGUGACGUUUAAGGUCAAGGCGCCCGGCACGGGCCGGCGCCGCGGCCUGCGCAGUGACGCGUUUGUGCUUGAUUGCGACCCCGACUCGGGUCUGUGCCUGGACACUGACACGGCCGUGCUCAACGGCACCGGCACCGGCGCCAAGGACUUCGUGAUCAACGGGAAGCCGGUCAACGUCACCUCCAUCAUCAUGCUGGCGACCGUGUGUGGCACACAGCCGCUGAUGAGCGUGUCGGCCCUGCGCUCCACGCUGUUCAACCCGGCCAGCGGCGCGCCCACCCGCGCCACCAUGCAGGAGUACUACGACACCUGCUCGUACGGCAAGCUCAACUACCUCGCCACCAACAACCUAAUCACAACCGUCAACCUGCCUUGCUCGGCGCUGUACCAGACCACGGCCAGCGGCACCCAGGUCUUCUACGACUCAGUCAACAAGUGCGGCGACCCGGAGCGCUUGGGCUGGGUGCGCGACGCAGUGGUGCAGGCGCAGCAGAAUCUGGGUCUGUCCGACAUUUCCUUUUACAAGCGCCGCACGCUCAUCCUGCCGAAGCGCAACGCCUGCGCCUGGGCGGGCACUGCCUCUGUGGGCUGUGACACCAACUGCAUCACGCUCAUGAACCAGCGCACCUCCUACCUGGAUGUGUCGUCCACCUUCCACGAGCUGGGCCACAACAUCGGCCUGCAGCACGCCAACAGCUGGAACAGCGCCACGGGCGACAUCAACGAGUACGGUGACUUCACCGACCCCAUGGGCACCGCCUGGCCCGCAAACGACCCCUACCAGAACAAGUCAUUCAUCUGCCACGCCGCGCCCACGGCCUUCAAGGCCGGCUGGGCCACGCCCUCUUACAACUUCUCAAUCGCCGGCGGCGGCCUGGUCCCCGGCUCACCGCGCACGCUGGCGGUGCCGUCCAUGCACCUCACCGACCAGAACUUUGUCUACUUCAACAUCUCCACCCUGGCCCCCUUCCCCGUCACCUGGCCCGCCGGCGCUCCCGGCCUGCCCAAGACCAACCAGUUGUUCGUGAGCUAUCGCGUGCGCCAGACCGGAGUCACCGGCUACGACUCGGGCCUGCCCAACGACCAGAACCGCAGGGUCUGGAUUCAUUCCUACAACGCCACCUACCGCCUGCCGCCGCGCCCUGACCCCGACGCCCUAGACAUGGGUCCCGCGUUGGUGGCGGUGCUGGCACCCUCUGCCCCCGCCGCCGCGGGCUCCAUGCGCACCGCCCGCUCCUUCAGGGUCAACUACGGCUCCAUUGCGGGCUCCACCUCGCCCGUCAACGGCCUCAACAUCACCACGCUGUCGGUCAACGCCACACACGCCGUCAUCACCGUCUGCUACUUCCGCGCCCUCAACGAAGACGGUGCCGAGAACGGCUGCGCCAACGGCUUUGAUGACGACUGCGAUGGUCUGGUGGACGACGCGGAUCCCGACUGCGCCUCCGGAGUGGUGCGUUCGCCACCGCCGCCACCACCCCCCUCGCCUCCCUCCCCCCCGCCCCCGCCGCCACCACCCAAGUCGCCGUCGCCGCCCAAUCCCCCUUCGCCUCCCCCGCCGCGCAAGUCUCCCCCGCCCCUGCCGCCCCCGCCCAAGCCCCCUUCGCCCCGCCCGUCGCCCAAGCCGCGCGCGCCGCCGCCGAAGUUGCGGUAAGUGGUAACGCGUGAGCUGCCCAUGGAUGAGGUGAAGCGUCAGACGCUCGCUCCCAAUGCUCUAUGUGCGCGAUCCGUGGCACAGCUGAGGCAAUCCGGGGACGUGACCAGGAGGGCGUGUUCGCGCCGGCAGCAGAGGAGCCGGUUGACGAGACUGGGUGCAUUACUUGGGACAGGGGGAUGCACCCCUGACUUGAAGAGGGCCCCGGCAAUCAGUCAUAAAGCCACAGAAGGCGCCAAUAUGUGGCGCGGUGGCGUGUCCUGUGCACCCAUGCUAUAUUAUGCAUUAGGAUGGACGACUCCUGAGCCUUAGCAUUGGUGUGUGUGAGCACUAAAAGCCAAAGCUUGUUGUUGUUGGAGAGUGGUCACGCACCUUCAUGGCAGGAGGGGUUAGACAAAAUGCUUGUGCAAAGCCGUGCACAAUAGGCAAGUAGUAGCGCCGCAAUGGCCGGCCAUAGCCAUAGCUAAUAGGCAAUUGCGCAUUGUGGCAGGGUCUGUGCACCCCUGGUGUAAGCGGGGGGGGGGGGACGUAUGCAUGCACGCGCAAUCAAGGCUUGCCAGCCUGUUGAGUCGAGUUGAGUUGCAUUAGCGGUUUCGUUCCUGUUCUUGAACCCAAAUGGAGCAGGCAGCGGGAGGUGCCCGAGCUAGAAGUAGUUUAAAUUUUGUAUUGUGUGUGGAGCGGACGGUUGUGGAUGCCGGCACGGUCAUUGAAGUGCGGGGGCAUGCGAACGCUGAGCGCGGUGGUUACGGUGUUGGGCGACCUGCUGGAGGUCUAGUUCGUGCCUGAGCUUUACAUAAUCUAUACCUUG